AUGAGUGCACGUUCAGCAUAUGUUUGCCAGAUACAGGUCUGCAAUAUAGCACUGGUAAUCCUUGGACUGGCUGCUAUCGGUUUGGCUGGAAGUCAGUUCUCGAGCGUUCGUCUGGACAACUACAGGAAUAUUGAUCUGCGUCUGCUGAAUUGUAUUCAUGCUCUUACCGGAGUCAUUGGAUUCUAUUCUGUUGUCCAUAACCAUAGCGGCGCAGUGGCGAAGACACACUACUGUAUCUCAGCUGCAAUCGGAUGUGUUACAGCUAUUUUUUACGGCUUCGCCACAUAUCGAGUAAGUUCAGGAGCUCUGAAUGAGUUUAUUCUGAAUAUUGGUCCAGCUGCGGUUUCUAUAUUAGCUGGCAGGGAAGUGAAGAAACUUUUUACAGGAGACGGAUUUUUGGCCACCUUAAUAGCUCUGGUUUCAAUAUUUUUGCUCGAUAAGUUGGUCACUUCGGCUCUACCUAUGUAUCCAAUGGAGUUGGUAGGGAUACGUCAUCGAGAACCGAUCAUGCACGACUGGUCCAAAAUACUGGUUUCCAUAGCUGUGAUGAAACUAUUUCUUGGAACGGGAGCGCUUGGCCUUGCAGCCUUUGUUGAAUACGAACACGAAAAGGAAGCUUAUGCGGACAAACAUAUUAAAAUUGCUCUGGAACACAUAGCGGCACUAUUGGCUGUUGUCAGCAGUUUGAUUGAUAUUCUAGCAAGUAGAAAACGAAGAAUAGGACAGCUGAAUCUGAUGGUAAAAAUAAAGGAUCUAAACAAUGACCUAAAACGCUUUUAUCUUGGCAAGGAUCUUAACGAUCCGUUCUUCUCCUCCAGCUAUGCAUUUGGGUAUACCAUCGUCGUGGCUCACGGAGUACUUAUUGGAUGUUUUGGGAUACUCUACUUUCUUUGUGCUCUUUCAUCAGUUGUUGUCGGUACAUGCCUACAACAGCUGGAUUUCGUUACAAUGAAUGCCCGUAUUGACGAAGGCACGGUAAUUCAGAGCAGAUUUCUUUCGAUACUGCAUUUGCUAUGGGGAGCUGCACUUCUCGCUCUUUGCAUUCUGGGCCUGCUUGACGUAAGGUGGAGAGGAGAAUUCCUGGGUGGAGACUUAUUGUGGAUCGCCAUACUGUUUGCAUCAACUGGGAUACUCAGCAGUCAUAACUACAGAGCUCAGGUUGUUACUCGUCUUGUGAUGAACAUUGUCUGUGUAAGCAUUGCUGUCGAGAAGAUGUGUGCUUCUAUCAACCUCAUUUACCAAUAUUCUUCGUAUGAAAUCUUCGUCAGAGGAGAAAGUAUUACUGUGAUCUGCGCUAUGGGUACACUUUUUUAUGCUGUCGUUAUCACCGGAUGUUACGUUGUGUUUGAACUGGGAAAGUGGAGAUAUAAUGAGAUCCCGAUUGAUGUGCCAUUUUUUCGGAUCGGUAACGGACCGCUUGCACUAGCUGCAUUCAUUGUUCAGUUAUUUUGUCUACGUCAACCAUGGCUACUGAGUGUAUCUGUAGUUCUGCAGAUAAUAUUGGCAUCAUUAGCAUUAUUUACAAUUUCUCCAGCCAUUACAAACGUUUAUCUGUUGCAAGGUCGAUUGUACUACGCAGGUUUGGCGCUAACUCCUUUACAAAUCACUCUAUACGAUACUGCGCUCAUCUUAAGCUCUGGGGCCACAUUAGCCUGUGCAAUUAUGAUGUUGACUGGGACAGCCGCCAUACAACAAAUGGAAGAGCAGACGGUUUACUGGUCGGCAGACGAGAAUCCUUUCUAUUACCACACGUCGAAACGCUUUUAUGGGCAGCCAUACCAAGUAGAAUCCGGGGCAAUUGAAUUGAACAAGCGUAAUUUCGUCCUACACAAUGGCGUCUACAAGCCAGUACGGUCGCGAAUAUGUUAA